UUUCUCUAUCACAUGCCACUCGAACCCAUGCCCUACUAUAGUGCCGCUGCCGCUAUCGGUGGCCCCUUCUCAUCGUGGAUCUCUGGAGAUGAUGAAGUCCAGAAGGGCUCAUUCGAAAAUGCUACUGUUGCGGUUUCAUUGAGGAACGGUGUGACGAACAUCAGGGAAGGCAAGCUGGAAUUUGAUCUGUCGAAUCCCCACUUCAUCACCAUAGACGGCAAAAAGUUAGCUAUUGGUAUCGAUACUGAUGAAGUAUUCCUGGAGCAUGGUCCGACCUGUGAUGUUGUUGGGGAACUCCCUAAGGUAGCUGUCGAUUCGGCAGCUGCUGUCGCUGCUCCAGAAGGAACACUCGGACGUAAAGUUCGUAUUAAUGUAGAGGGAGGUGAUGAUGCAGUAUUCGCGGCUUUGGAGAAACUCGUCGCUGAGGCCAAUCUUGGGCCCCAGCCGUCCUUUGAUGAGAAGAUGGAUCAAGCGCUGGAUGAUUUCGCCGACAAGAUGGGCGAUGCUUGCGAUAGGUUGCAAGUGUGGUUGGAUAGUUGGGCUGAAGACCCAGCCACUUCGCUCGAGGCGGCAGAGGCUUUGAAGGCCUCGCAGAGAGCUCAGGUGGGGGAGCAUAUCACUUUGGGAGCUGUCGAAGAGCAAGACCACGAGGAUAAUGAGGUGAAGAGUGAAGGCACACAGACUACUCAUGUUAAGACUAGCACUAAGAAGGGUGGGGAGGACUGGGUUGUACUAUAAGUUGGAAAUAUUCUUCGCUGUGCGCAGUAGGGUUUUCAUGUUGAUGGAACAGCCAUCGAUACCCCAGGUUAAAUAUUCUUCGCUGUGCGCAGUAGGAUACUCAUGCCUGAUGGAACAGCCAUCACUACCGUACUUGUUUCUCUACUACUCUGUAGUUGUCCAUACUGGUGUUGCUGUCCUUAUUGGAGCUGCCGUGUCGGUCCUGAUGAGGAUGGUGAUUAGCAUCAGUGUAGGGCUCAGUUAUAAACACCACCAUAAUCUCGUCUAUAACUCAUUCAUA